CUAUGUCUGAAGAUAUGAAUGCACGUGUGCUGUAAAUCCUAGGUCGGAUUACGCGCUAAGUGUAUACAUUCAAUUCUUGUAGAUGCAUGCCGCACGAUUCUCUGGUCAACCUUGUUUGAACAGUGGCGCUCUAAAGAGCCGAAGAAGGACGACGUUUCCCGUGGAAUUCAAAGUAUCAAUGAAUCUGAAGAUCGAGAAGUGGGACAGCAGAACGCUUGGGGAAUUAAGCAGGAGGGCGAUGCUUGACAAAUUACAGAGGGAAGGCUACAACACAACAGUGUACACAUUUGGUCCAGGCACCAGCUUCGGAGAUCACAGCCAUCCUGUGGACAAGAAAGACGCCAUCCUAGGCGGCCGAUUCCUGUUCAGGAUGGGAGGAGAGGAGGUGAUAUUGGAGCCAGGGGACCAAUUGGAGGUGCCCAAGGGCAAGACUCACUAUGCGGAGUGCGUGGGGAGCGAACCAGUCACAUUUGUGGAUGCGUCAAAACAAUCCAUAUUAUAAUAUAUUUAUAUUAUAUAACAAAACUUGUUUAUAACAGUGUCGCUGCAGUUGUGAAGUUCAAAGCAAGCGGCGCUAUCAAUUAUUUGAGAGGACGCUAUCAUUGCCAAUUGCAAAUUUGAAUGAGUGCAUGCAUGCGCUUGAGCUUGAAAGGGGAACCUUUUUGUAAGUCGGAUGAUCCUU